AAGGCCCAGGGGUUUCGACUGUGCUCAUCGGCGCAGGCGUCGUUGAAACAUGUUCACGCCACCACAUAUGGCAGAUAUUUCCCCGCACGCCAUAACGUCUCUCGAAGCACUUGCCAUCAUCUUACUGACUGAUGCAGAGACACCGGAUGACCAACUAUUUGCAGCAACAAUUGCACUGCAAGCACUCGACGCGAAACAACGAGGCGCUAAGUAUGGACCACGCGGGCCAUAUGACCAACAGAAAGCAGAACGAUUCUUCGAUCACCUGCUUCACAUCUCUUCAGCGAAGAUUUUCAAGACUUGGUUCCACGCCAUGACUGAGGUGGGAAGGGUGCAAGUCCAAGAGGUCUCUGAAUGUGGCAUGGCAUUGAUAUUUGGCAUGUCCGUUUACAUUUGCGUGCAAGACACGCCAAUCAUCCUGUUCCAGUCUCUGAGGCUGGGAAAUAAACGGUGGCCACUCCGGCAUCAUGGGAAGGUCCCAUAUCAGCCCCGUCGACUGAUCGUACAUGGGCAGCAGAUUUUCUGGAGUGUUGUGGAGAGAGAGAGCUGCCGAAAUGCCGACUGGAAAGUGCACAUGGUCAUAUCAAACUCCGUACUCGAUACAGUAUGCCGAGUGCGAAAUAAAAUGGCAAAUAAAAUGGGUACUCAAUAACGUGCCUAUUUUAUUGGUUGACUGUCAUCAUAGUUAUGAAAUAAAAUCGUUAUUUAGGGCUGAUGAUUUAUCUGUUGCGAUACCGGACGUUGAUGGUUUGUGCUAAUAUGAUUUUAUAUCUGAAGGUCUUGACUGUCUUGUGAACUCCAACUAGACGGUUAAACGAGACUCGCACAGAAGAAAGUAUGAGCAACUG